AUGGCACCCCCAAUUGUUGACCAGAUAUUCCAUCAGUUACCAUCCCAUUUACGGAACACGAGGCAUAUACGAGAACGGCAUUCACAGCACAUUAUAUUAUUCCAGCAAUAUCACCAGCAGUUUCCCGAACGGAUCCGCCAUCACCGUGAAUUGGUGAUCCCCCAUAAGCCCAUUGCGCCCAUUCCCGGAUUGAUCCCACCGCGGGAUCCCACAUAUCAGUGUAGUUAUCCCGGUUGCCAUUGGAUUGGAGAGACCAUUCGACGGAUCCACGACCAUUGCCGCCAGGAACAUGGAUGGAAAAACCCCCAGAACCGAGGACGACCCCGUUCCAAGGCACCGUCCAAACCCCAGCCCAACAUGCCAUGGAACAUUGUAGCCAGCCAACGGUUUAUCCCCAAAGGACGUGGAUCCCAACGGUUUGCCGUCCAACAUGACCAUACCACCAUCACCACCGCCAUAUCCGAUCCAGAAAACCCAUCAUGGGAUGCGGCGCAGCAGGCGAUGAAGCAGGAGAUCAUCCAUCGAGAGCAGCAGAUCGACGCCGCGGAACGAGAACGGAUCCGUCCCCACGAGUCCCGCGAGGUCAACCCAUGGGUCGAACGGAUGGGAUGGGCCGAUCAUUUGUUAGAGGAGGAUCGAGGCACAUUACGGGCAUUGUUACAACGACCCGAUCCCGAACAAGAGCCCAUAUUGGCCGAGAUUGACGAGCGAUUUCACCGGAUCGUCAUGGUCGCGCAGCGCACCACAUUGACGCGGUUGAACAUAUUCAGUCGAUUUGAGAUGCACCGGAAACAGGUGGAUCAGAUGCCCCAACACCCGUUCCAAGCGCGGAUGGUGGCCGGCACCAUUGAACAGUACAUCGAGGUGUGGCAACGGAUCAUCCGGUAUAUCAUGCGCAGUGUGAGUACCGGCGACGUCCGAUUUCAGUUCCAUGCCACCCAAUGCGAGACCAUCCACCAGAUCCGGCAGGCCAUGUCCGAGGACGAGAGCACCCAUUCCCCCGUCCAUGCCACCGAGGAGAUGGAUCCCACCGACCAGCCAUUGGAUGCCGUCGAUCGUGCCAUAUUGACAUGGUGCAUCGCCAUGUUGGACCAUCGAUUACAGGGUCAGCACGGGCAGGAGUUCGUGAACGGCAUCAUCAGCGGGUUGGCCGCCAUGGGGAUCCGGGAGUCGGGUGGAUGGGAGACGGCGUUGGCAUUUACCCCCAAGUUGUCCGCCAUGAUCAAGAUUGCCCGCAUGUUAGUCGCGCAACAGGCAUGGGAGGAAAGCGAGGCCCAUGCCGGAUUGUCCGAUUGUUUCGUGGCAUUACGCGGGAUGAUGUUGCGAUUUAUGACCACCAUGGAACCCACCCCGAUGAAGUGGAUGUUGGAUUCCCGCACAUACGGCAUGAAAAUCCGGUACGGCACCACGGCGGAUGGGUUGAUUGAAUGGCACGGAGACCGCAUCACAUACCAGCAUCAUCGGUUUACCAUGGAUCAAUUGCGGGAGACGGUGCAUGGCAUUAUCAACCGGGCAUGGGACCAUUUGACGCAGGACGUAUUGUUGUUUCCCACCGACCAUCGAUUGCCAACCAUCGCAUGGGAGACCAUGGAGACCAUGCCGUCGAGGAUCAACCCGGGUGGUAUUUUGCCCAGGAUCCCCGCAAUGCAUGGGACGUGGAUGACACAUGGUGGUUACACGACCGCAUAUGGCAGGAACCCGGAUUCCGACGCGCAUUCAUCCACGCCGAGCGUCCAUCCGGCACAUCCGCCACCCACGCAUGGCGCCCCCGUCGAGUGCAGCAGUGGAUGCGAGCCGUGGGACGGAUGA